ACACACCACCCACCACCCGCACCCGUGCCCACGAUGCACGCCAUCCCAACCCACUCCGCCUCCUCAAUCGACUACCUCGCUCUCAUCACGCAUCUCUCCCACGCGCCGCAGCUGCCCAGCGCCUCGUCGAUGCGCAACCAGCUGCUCUCGCACUUCUGCGCGCGCCCCGCGGCCUGCGCCGCCGAGCCCGAGCUCGAGCGCGAGCGCGAGCCGUGGGCAGCGAUGCAGCGCUUCCGUCCGGGCAGCAGCACGCUGCUCGUCGGCCAUGUGCCGCCGCACCUGCUGUGUGUCGAAGCACAAGCACCAGCGCAGACGCAGGCGUCGGCAAGCGUGCCGAGCGUGCAGAGCGGCGGCCUGUGGGGCGUCGUGCACAUCUACACGUCGCCCGGCGCCACCAACGCUCGCGUCAAUGUCUGGCUCUCCUCCGAGCCGGCGCUGUACUCCUCGCCGCACGCCUCCUCCUCCUCGAGCUCCUCGGCUCCGCCGCUCUCCGAGCGCUUCGCGCAGGAAGAAGUCUUGCUGCGGCACAUGCUGCAUCGCCUCCUCCCGCCCGCUCUAGCGGCGCUGCACGCAGCCGGCUCCCUGCCGCCUGCCUCUUCAAGCGACGAGGCGCCAGUCGUCGUCACUGCUACCCUGUGCUCGCUCGAACGCUCCUGGCUCAACUUGAUCUGCAGUUGGGCACACGCAGACGUCGGCGCGCUGCAGCCGUUGCGACAGGGCUCGGAGUCCUUGACACCGGCUGCCUCGCACGGCGCGCGCGCGGCGCGCGCGCAGAAGGAGCAGGUCAAGGCGAUGUGGGCCAAUCCGUGCGUCACGUACCAGUGUGAUGCAGAGACACUACGCUUGUCCGAGGAGGCCGGCAAGGGCAAGGAGCGCUGGAAAGUGGCGCCCAUCGAGGGCGAGGGAGAGUUAGAGUUGAUACGAACGAGCAACAAGAUUCCUUUCCCUCGCGAGUACGUCGAGUCGCGAGCACAUCUCAGUGUCUUUGUGCGCGAUCUCCUCGGGCCCUCCUCUCCCUGCGCCACAGCAGCGGCCGCAACAGCAUCGCCAGCGCUCCCCAGCGACGCAUACCCGCGCGAGCAAGGCGCAGGGCAUGCUGCAGGCUUCGUGUACGCGCACGAAGAGCUCUCUUUGGGAGCGUUGCACGUCACCACUCCCUAUCGCCGUCUCGCUUGCCCGCCUGGCAUCGGGCGUCUGCUCCUGGCGCACAUGGCGCCGCUGCUGCGCACCUGCCUCCGCAGCGCGCUGCAGCGCGCCGGCUUGCGCCCGCAGGACAUUGGCGAGGCAAUGUGCCAGGUGAGCGCCGACACGGAGGUCAUGUCGGGCGCCGAGGGCUUCUUUGAGCGAUGUGGCAUGCGCAGGGUGAGAGAGACGGCGUGGGUUGGGAUUGAGGUCAGCGCGGCUUGACGGCGUCAAGCAAAAGGCGCAGACGGCGCGCUCGCAACGCAAGUGUGCCGUCUUCGUCGUGCAAUAGAAUGCGUUUUUCCCCUAGAG